AUGAUGUUUACUGCACGCUCAAACCUGAUCGUGGGCGAGAUGUCCAGGCUGCAGCCAGCAAGUAAAGAGAACUCAUCGUAUGCGCUCGAGUUCUUUGGAACCACCUUGGACUGCCAGACUGUGAAUCGCUCCAUGGAAAGCAUAGUCUUGCAGUCGAGUAGGAUUUGGAAUUCUCCGAAUACGAGCGAGCGGAUCUGGAACAUCGAAUAUCCUGAGCCUGACUGUGUGUUAAAGUACAACGAAGAGUCAGUCCGCUUCUCAGGAAAUACAUCCAUCAUCUACCGCCAGGCUUAUUACCCAGAUGCGCCUCAGUAUUGGCCAUGCUUAGACGGAUGGAUACCUCAUAUCAAUGACUCGGAAAUUGAUGUCACUGAAUCGGAUUCUAUCGACUUCCCAGGCUCCGGAAUAAAUGUCAUUGUUCCUGUAACAGAAACAGUUUGCCGUCCAAAGAUAGUGAGUUAUCACGUCACUAUAUCAAAUCUCGGAGAACCACAGCAUGUCUCUUAUUCGAUCGAAGACGUGGUACCUGUACCAGCAUAUAAUACAAGUUUUGACGACUUCACUGGCGGAACUUUUGAGCAAUGGGCACAACUCUCUGAUGCUGCAUUGAUAUAUGACGAUUUUGCGAGAAGUUUUGACCAGUUUGGUACCACUUUCAAAAGUUAUCAAAUUCAGAACUUCAGCACGACGAAUGUGAAGAUGCCUUACACAAUUGGAAAUGGCACCGUCGUUGAAGCAUGCGUGCUGGAAGGGAACACCUCUGGACAGACGACGCCGGUGGGUGGCGAGAAUCUGCUACAAGAGAUCUGGCAACUCGGUGUCUUCGAGCAGCGAAUCCAUGGGGGAGAAAUGGGACAUGCAUGUCCAGCAUUUGAUUCCGACAUGGCCAAUGAGCUUCUCAUCAAUAUCACGAUCUCUGCAUUGGCUCUCAACAAGCGAUUCAAAAUUGUCAAGGGAACAGAGACCCUCAAUUUCAAUGCCUAUCGCUUCGAGAACAAGCUCGUCUUAAUCUUGCCAUACGGUUUAUCACUUGCACUCGCCAUACCGAUCCUAGUGCUAGGAUUCAUAGCUCUCUACGUUCAGAAUCACGGUGUUUCGGCCAUCAGUGGAGGCUUUCUGCAGCUUCUUAUGACGACUACUGGACACACCUCACUUGAAGCGGUAGUUACGAAAGGCUUUGGCACACUAGGCGGAUACGAAAAUGUUUCAGAAGAACUCCGGGAAAUGGAAGUCAGAUUUGGAGAGCUAAUUGGAGUCAGCGGAGAUGACCAGAAGGAGACCGACACGCUCCUAAGCGGACAUGAAGAGCAUGCAGAUGUACAGGAAGACAACAGGUCACAGUCAGGUUUCGUUACUACGUCUGGGAUGGAGCGGUGCGAGAACAAUGUUUCAGUAGUGCAAAGAGCUGGUUUCGGUACAGUCGAUGAAGUGGGACUAUUCAGGAAGAAAGGAGAGUAG